AUGUCUCCAGAGGGAUUCUGGGGGGGGCGCUGCCCAACCCCUCACAUGGACAGGGUUACCGUCCCCCGCUACCUACCGUCCAGCGCACCGUCCCCCGCUACCUACCGUCCAGCGCACCGUCCCCCGCUACCUACCGUCCAGCGCACCGUCCCCCGCUACCGUCCAGCGUACCGUCCCCGCUACCGUCCAGCGUUACCGUCCCCCGCUACCGUCCGGUCCGUCCCCGCUACUGCCGUCCAGCGUACCGUCCCCGCUACCGUCCCCCGCUACCGUCCCCGCUACCGUCCGCUACCGUCCAGUGUACUGUCCCCCGCUACCGUCCAGCGUACCGUCCCCCGCUACCGUCCAGCGUACCGUCCCCCGCUACCGUCCAGCGUACCGUCCCCCGCUACCGUCCAGCGUACCGUCCCCCGCUACCGUCCAGCGUACCGUCCCCCGCUACCGUCCAGCGUACUGUCCCCGCUACCGUCCCCGCUACCGUCCAGCGUACCGUCCCCCGCUACCGUCCAGUGUACCGUCUCCCACUACCGCUCUAGUGUACUGUCCUCCGCUACUGUCCAGCGUACCGUCCCCCGCUACCGUCUAGCGUACCGUCCCGCUCCCCCGCUACCCUACCGUCUAGUGUACCGUCCCCGCUACCGUCUAGUGUACUGUCCCCGCUACCGUCCAGCGUACCGUCCCCGCUACCGUCUAGUGUACUGUCCCCCGCUACCGUCUAGUGUACUGUCCCCGCUACCGUCUAGUGUACUGUCCCCCACUACCUACCGUCCCCGCUACCGUCCCCGCUACCGUCUAGUGUACCGUCCCCCACUACCUACCGUCUAG